GACAUCAUCCUGACGGAUGAUAACUUCUCCAGCAUCGUGAAAGCCGUGAUGUGGGAGAACGUGUACGACAGCAUCUCCAAGUUCCUGCAGUUCCAGCUCACCGUCAACGUGGUAGCUGUUAUAGUGGCCUUCACUGGAGCCUGUAUCACUCAGGACUCCCCUCUGAAGGCGGUGCAGAUGCUGUGGGUGAACCUGAUCAUGGACACCUUCGCCUCUCUGGCCCUGGCCACCGAGCCCCCCACUGAGUCCCUGUUGCUCCGGAAACCAUACGGCCGCAACAACCCUCUCAUCUCCUUGACGAUGAUGAAGAACAUCCUGGGACACGGGAUCUACCAACUCAUCAUCAUCUUCACUCUGCUGUUCAUAGGUGAGCGUAUCUUCAACAUCGACUGCGGGCGUAACGCCCCCCUGCACUCGCCCCCCUCGGAGCACUACACCAUCAUCUUCAACACCUUCGUGCUCAUGCAGCUCUUCAACGAGAUCAACGCCCGCAAGAUCCACGGGGAGAGGAACGUGUUCGACGGCAUCUUCAACAACCCCAUCUUCUGCUCCAUCGUCCUGGGAACCUUCGUCAUUCAGUUUGUGAUUGUCCAGUGGGGGGGGAAGCCGUUCAGCUGUGCUCCUCUGAACGUGGAGCAGUGGCUGUGGUGUGUGUUCGUGGGCGUCGGGGAGCUACUCUGGGGGCAGGUUAUCGCAACGGUACCGACGGAUCGGUUACCGUGCCUGAAGGAGGCGGGGCUAGGUCUGGAGCCCAGCGACGAGGAGGGGGAGGAGCUAGCAGAUGAUGAGGACGAGAUCGACUGCGCUGAGAGAGAGCUGCGACGUGGUCAGAUUCUCUGGUUCAGAGGCCUCAACCGCAUCCAGACACAGAUGCGGGUGGUGAAGGCCUUCCGUAGCUCGCUGUACGAGAGCCGGGAGAAGCCGGAGUCCCGGAACUCCAUCCACAACUUCAUGGCUCACCCGGAGUUCCUCAUCAACGACCUCAUCCACAACAUCCCGCUCAUCGACGACACCGACGUGGAUGACGAAUCAGAGCUCAGCAGAUACCAGCACCCGGCCCUGCGCAAGCCCCCCCCGCCCCCAGCCCGUCCGAGCACGCCCCACACGCCCCCUACCGGCAGCACAGCCUGCCCGUCACCCCUAGCAACAGGAACAACAACAACAACAGCAACCGAUGCUACACCGGCGGCCGCGUGACUCCUAGCGACAGUAACCGUAGCAACGGCAGGGAAAGGCCCAGGCCCUGUUACCCUGUUGAUCCCCUUUACUGUGUGGAGACUUCCUUAUAACUGAUGGGGAGGGAGGGGGAGAGAGGAC